GGAAGAAAGACGGGGGGAUGCCUUGACAGGGAAAACUGCGUCAGCAACUGUUUUGGAGGAUAACUCUGCUUUUACUGCGAUUUCAGAUGGGAAAAGGGGGUACCUGCUGAUUGAGGAAGAUGGCGUUAUUCCAAGAAGGUACCUCAACCAGCAGCGCCAUGGAAACAUCAAACUUUGCUCAUGUGAUCUUCCAGAACGUGGGGAAGAGCUACCUCCCCCACGCUGCACUGGAGUGUCACUACACACUCACCCAGUUUAUCAAACCACACCAGAAGGACUGGGUUGGCAUCUUCAAGGUUGGCUGGAGCACCGCGCGAGAUUACUACACGUUCCUGUGGUCGCCGUUUCCUGAAAACUAUGCUGAGGGAACCACAGUAAACAGGGCAGUGGUAUUUCAAGGCUACUACGUUCCGAAUGACGAUGGGGAGUUUUAUCAGUUCUGCUACGUCACGCAUAAAGGCGAGAUCCGAGGAGCCAGCACGCCCUUCCAGUUCCGUGCCAGCAACCCCACAGAUGAUCUGCUGACUGUAGAGGAUGAGAACAACUCGGACAUUCUGGUGGUCACCACAAAGGCCGGUCUCUUAGAGCAAAAGGUCGAGGUGGCCCAGAAGGAGAAAGAGGAGCUGAUGAAGGCAAUGAGCCUCCUGCAGAAAGAAAAGGAUGAGCUGCAGGAGGAGAAGGAGAAGCUGCAGGGAGAGUUGGAGCAGGAGAGAGAGCUCUGCUCCCAGCUGAGGAAAGAGAACCAGGAGCUACAGAGCUCCUCGCGCACCCUGCAGGAGGAGAGGGAGGAGGUGAAGAAGAGGCACCAGGAGGUGGCCGCCAGAGUCCACCAGCUGGAGGAGGAUCUCAUCGGAGUCACGCAGAAAGGCAUCCAGAAAGAGACCGAGCUGGACUGCCUUAGGGACAGAGUAAAGAAGCUGACCCUGGAGAAGGACACCCUUGAGUCACAGCUAAAGAAUGAGCGGGACGAGAAAGAGCUCUACAAGGUUCAUCUGAAGAACCGAGAGCUGGAAAACACAAAGCUGAUGGCGGAGCUGCAGAUGCAGAAGUCAGUGGAUGUGAACAAGGAGAACAUGAUCACUCAGUUUAAGGAGGAGGUGGGACGGCUGAGGACCUGCGUCGCCGAGAAGGAGAAGCUGCAGAAGGAGCUCCUCUCCAACGCCUCGCCCUUGGGAGAGAUGAACGCACUGAAAGAGAAGCUGCGGCAGACAGAGGAACAGCUGCAGGCGACCCGUCAGCAGGCGGCCAUGUUGGCGUCGGAGCUGAGGGACGCGUCGAGCGCGCGCGACCGCAGCAUGUCCGAGCUGCACCGCCUGCGCGUGGAGAUGGAGGCGCUGCGCAAAAGUCAGGCCGAUGCCCAGGCCCAGUGCGCCCGCAUGGAGGAGCAGCUAGACAAGAUGAAGGCCACUGCCCAACAGGAAACGCAGGGUGGGGCAGAAGGAGGGGCAGGAACGGAGGCGGAGCUACAGAGGGAGGUGGAGGACUUGAAGCUGAGGUUACAGAUGGCUGCAGAACACUACAAGGACAAGUACAAGGAGUGCCAGAGACUGCAGAAACAGGUGGCCAAGCUGUCCGAGCAGCAAGGGGAGGCUAAGAAAAACGCGGUUGCGGCAGGUGCUUCAGCAGCGGAUGGGACAGUGAGCCCUUUGUCAACCAGCCCAGAGCUCCCUGCACAAGGAAGCCCGACAUCUUCCAGUGUUGCACUUGAGGCGCUUAUCCAGGAGAAGCUCAAAGGCAUGAAUAAAGUGACAGAAAAGAGUGACAAGUAUAAGAAGUGCAAACAGAUGCUGAGUGAGGAGAAGGAGCGGAGCUGCAUGUUUGCAGAUGAACUGGCGAAGAUGGAGGUGAAGUGGAAGGAGCAGUUAAAGAUGAAUGACAGCCUGAAGCUGCAGCUGGCAGCAGAGGAAGAUCGAUACAAGAGCCAGGUGGCGGAGAAAGGACGGGAGGUGAAAGAACUGAAGGAGAACCUUGCACUGCUUAUGAAAGAGAAGGAGAAACUCGAGGAGGAGCUGCGGAAGGGUGCAGAAGGCCAGGUGGAGCAGGGGGCUGCAGAUUUGAGUUUGGAGAGUGCCCAGCCCCUGCUCCUGCAGUACCCCCUCCCAUAUACCCAGGAUGAGCCCCCGGCCCCCCUGGUGGCUCAGCAGUCCACUGACCUGCAGUUUGGGAACCCUUACACUGCCCCACACUCACGAGAUGGAGCGGACGGGGAGUUCUCCUCAGACCAGAUGCCCAGACUCCCCCCUGCAGGACCCCCGUCUUGGGACAGUAAUGUUGUCUGCAUCCAGCCCUCCCGAAACCUGAGCCGACCUGAUGGACUGGAGGACCCGGAGGAGCACAGUAAUCAGGGCAAUGAUGCUGAGCAGCCAGCAGCAGCAGCAGGUGACCCCCGGAGUCCCCUCCUUAAUGACGGCCGUGGUGGCUUUUGCUUUGACUCCAGCUUGGACAUUCAGAAGCGCUGUCCCCUGUGUGAGGUCAUCUUCCCCCCCAACUAUGACCAGAGUAAAUUUGAAGAGCAUGUUGAGAGCCACUGGAAGGUGUGUCCUAUGUGCAGCGAGCAGUUCCCCCUGGACUGUGACCAACGGCUCUUUGAGAAGCACGUGCUGACGCACUUCGAUGGCAAUGUGCUCAACUUUGACUAGGCGCUCCCCAACACCAGAGUUGUGAAGUUCACCUGUGUCAUCACAAUGCAGUUAGACGUGGGGAUGGGUUUACUUAUUCUAUCUAGUUUGUGUUGCCAUUCCAAGAUUAUAACUAUAUUCGCAUGCAGUGGUUUGAAGAUUAAAUUCUCAUUUAGGAACCUGAAAUUAUAAUUAGUCUCCUUUCUCACUGUAAGAUGUGUGUAGGUGGAGGUGAUCUUCAGUGAUCUGCACAGCUUUGCCUCAGGUUAGCUGGAUGGUUAACAUGAACAGGUGAUGAUUUCAUAAAUAUGGGGUCACCUGGGCUGUCACCCUAAGGUUUGCAGGUUAGACUCUGCCUUCUGUUUUGGCACAUAAAUGCUGAGCUCACAGUCACAUGUUCUGCUCGGCAAUGAGAAGGGUCAGGAUUUCUCCAAGCUAAUUUAUAUGAUCUUGGUCCCUGCUCUGGAGUUAGGGGGAAAUUACUGCUUAUGUGCUGUAGUUGAAAAACAUCUGUUAUAUAUCAUAUGAUAAUCCAUUUUAAAAUAAUCUUUUAAACCUAGCACUAAACCAUUACUCUGUUCAUGGUUAAAAAUGAAACGAGUCACCUGAGUAUCUACUCUAGAGUUUGUGUUUAUUUUAUCAAUGUGACCCCACAUUUCCUCCUUGCUUUCUUUCACCCCCAUGGAUUCACCUGAUUUUACCUGCAUGCAGGGCUUGUUAGAUCUUAAUGUUUUUUUGUUGUUGUCAAGGAUUCUAUUUUAGCCUUAGUUUUCUUCUUCAUGUUUGAUUUAUUUAGUUAUUUUAUGGAGACCUAAUUUUUCCUGUGUCAUGUGUAAACUAAUCUUUACUUAUAAAGUCUUUGUUUGGAA